AUGGAUAGGGAAUUAAUUAUUGAUUGCCAACAUAACUAAGAUACUAUUAGUUUAUAACAAAAUCAAACUCGAAAAACACAACAUGACAUCUUACUUAAAAAGUCGUCUCCGUGUUUACAUUUUCAAUAAGCGAAAUAUGGGACCAGACAACCCAUCCAAUUAAAAAACCCUCUGCUCAUUAAAUCAUUAUUUCAGACCCAGAAAUUCUUCAAACAGAGAGAUUCUUCACUUCCUAUUUGCACUCUUAAAACACUGCCUGCUUAACCAAUUUUUUCUUAUCAAACUGAUCGUAUUCAUAGUAAAUGUCCUGCAUUUAAAAGCAUUCGUUUGAAAUCAGGAUUUAAACAAUCAAAACAUUCAAAUGAGGGUCAAAUAAGAAUCGAGACAGCACCUGCUAUGUGUAGAAAUCCAGUAAUACAAAAGGUUUCUUUAUCAAACCUAUUUAAAACCUAAAUUUGCAAUGAAAGAAAAUCAAAACCAAAAGAAUUCUAAUCAUUUAAGAAUGA